AUGUCGCUCAAGAGUGCCGUCAAAACGGUUUUAACCAACUCCUUGCGCAGCGUUGCCGAUGGCGGGGACUGGAAAGUGCUGGUCGUGGACAAGCCAGCCCUGCGCAUGAUUUCCGAGUGCGCGCGAAUGUCCGAGAUUCUCGACCUUGGCGUCACUGUUGUGGAAGAUGUCUCCAAGCAGCGCAAGGUCCUGCCUCAGUUCCACGGCGUCUACUUUAUUGAGCCCACGGAAGAGAACCUGGACUAUGUGAUCCGUGACUUUGCUGAUCGCACCCCAACCUACGAGGCUGCCCACCUGUUCUUCCUGUCUCCCGUUCCUGACGCAUUGAUGGCCAAGCUGGCCAGCGCCAAGGCUGUCAAAUAUGUGAAGACUCUGAAGGAGAUUAACACGCUCUUCAUUCCCAAGGAACAUCGCGUCUUCACGCUCAACGAGCCCCACGGCCUCGUUCAAUAUUAUGGAUCUCGCUCCUCCUCCUACAACAUCGAUCAUCUGGUUCGCCGUCUUUCGACCCUGUGCACCACGAUGAAUGUGGCUCCCAUUGUGCGCUACAGCAGCACCUCCACGCCAGGCACGGAGCGCAUGGCUAUGCAGCUGCAAAAGGAGAUUGAUAUGUCGGUCUCUCAAGGCUUGAUCAAUGCACGCGAGGGCAAGCUGAAGUCACAAUUUCUGAUUCUGGACCGCGCCGUCGACCUCAAGUCCCCUCUGGUGCACGAGCUGACGUACCAGGCUGCCGCCUACGACCUGCUGAACAUUGAGAAUGACAUUUACAGCUACUCGACGGUCGACGCUGGAGGCCGUGAGCAACAACGUCAGGUUGUCCUGGGCGAGGAUGACGACAUUUGGCUUCAGAUGCGUCAUCUGCACAUCAGUGAAGUGUUUCGCAAGGUCAAGUCUAGCUUUGACGAGUUUUGCGUAUCGGCCCGCCGACUGCAAGGCCUGCGCGACAGCCAGCAGGGUGAAGGUGGUGCUGGUGCGCUGAAGCAAAUGCUCAAAGACCUUCCCCAGCAUCGUGAGCAGAUGCAAAAGUAUUCUUUGCAUCUGGACAUGUCCAACGCCAUCAACAUGGCCUUUUCCUCGACCAUUGACAGCUGUACCAAGGCUGAGCAGAACAUUGUGACGGAGGAGGAGCAAGACGGCAACAAGGUCCGCGACUUUAUUGGCGAGGUAGCCAGUGUAGUCGUUGACCGCCGUGUUUCGACUGAGGACAAGCUGCGCUGCCUGAUGUUGUGCGUCUUGGCCAAGAACGGCACGUCCAGCCACGAACUGAAUAAUCUGCUCGACAAUGCCAACAUUGCCACCCCCAGCCGCUCGGCCAUCUACAAUCUGGAGAUGCUCGGGGCGACCGUGGUUGCAGAUCGCCGUGGCCGCAAGCCCAAGACCAUGAAGCGCAUUGAACGCGACAUGCCCUAUGUCCUCUCACGCUGGACACCCAUUGUCAAGGAUCUGAUGGAAUACAUUGCCACCGGACAAUUGGACCUCGAAUCCUACCCCGCUGUUCGGGAUGGACCCAGUGUAGUGCAACCCAAGCGCGCCAGCAAAUCGGUUGAGGAAGACGAUGAUGGACCGGCGACCUCUGCGCGCAAGCGCGGCAACUGGGCCAAGAACAAGGGCAACAACCGCUCGCUGCCCUCGACCCCGUCGGGUGUCGCUGUCUCUGGCAAUGGCGCCGCUGGUGCUGCGGAAAGCGCCAAGCCCAAGCUUUUUGUCUUUAUCAAUGGCACCGUGAGCUACAACGAGAUUCGCUGCGCAUAUGAGGUCAGCCAGUCCUCGGGAUAUGAGGUGUACAUUGGGGCCCACAACAUUGCCACCCCAGCAGAGUUUGUUGAGCUCGUUAGUCUGCUGGACAAAGCCGACCAAGAUGUUCAGGUGCUGACACAGGGUCAGGGCGACGGUGGCUUGGUCAUCACGACGGGCAGUGCGCAAGCAGGUCUCAACCUGGCCGAGGUGUAAAUUCAGCCGUCCUCUGUAUUUUUGUUGAGACUGCUGGUCUCUUUUGCUUUUUUUUCCUCGCCCUUGCCACCUUCAUGACUGGCUCUCAUUUGAUGAUGAGGUGAGCAGCUGGCAACUCGUUUUAAUUUUGUCGUCUUUUAUUGUACACACCCCAAUUGUACUCCGUGUACUUG